AUGGCUGCCAGUGAUGGUCUACUGGGUGUCAUCUCUUAUUGGCAUGACACAAAGCCCGUGCCAAGCGCCCUGCCUCGAUUCUCCGAGCUAAAGCGGCCUCUGGAUAAAAGCUUGCAAAAUGACUCGUGUGAGCACAGAAAGUUAGAAAUGUUAGGCUGGAACGAGGAAGUGGAGUGGAGAGGGGAGGGACCGCGGCUGUCGUUCCAAAGUGCUGCCGCGGCGCUGCGACCUUCAGCACAUGGAGCCGGGGACAGCUGGAAGAGCUUCGUAUUGCAAACUCAAGGAAUAGCAGAGUACCUUCACCGAAUGGAGACGGAGGAGGCCCACGAGAUGUCCCAGAUUUCAGGCAGGGACAGCCCCCCUGCUAAUGAGGUCAUGGACGAGGCGGAUGAGCCGAUGCCUGUUCCUGAAGACCUGUCGGCCAGCACAGGACAGCAGCAGCCUAUCAAGGGCGAGAAGACACUGGCCGCUAACGUAAAAGUAGAGGCUCAGAGUGACGAGGAGAGCGGGCACGUGUGCGAGGCGAGUGGGGAGGACGAGAGCGCAGACGACUUACGCAUGGCGCUCCAUGCCCCGGGGCCCCAGCACAGCGGCGCCCAUGUGGGCCCCGACACCAAGGCCUACUCCGCGGCUGGAGGCAUCCGCCUCCCCAACGGGAAGCUCAAGUGUGAUAUCUGUGGGAUAGUUUGCAUUGGCCCCAAUGUGCUGAUGGUGCACAAGCGAAGCCACACUGGUGAACGGCCUUUCCAGUGCAACCAGUGCGGAGCCUCCUUCACCCAGAAGGGAAACCUGCUAAGGCAUAUUAAACUGCACUCUGGAGAGAAGCCCUUUAAGUGCCAUCUGUGCAACUAUGCCUGUCGCCGUAGAGAUGCCCUCACAGGGCACCUGCGCACACACUCAGUUGGAAAGCCACACAAAUGUGCAUAUUGUGGGCGGAGCUACAAACAGCGCAGCUCAUUGGAGGAACACAAGGAGCGCUGUCAUAACUACCUGCAGUGCAUGGGACUUCAGAACAGCAUCUACUCAGUAGUGAAGGAAGACAGCAACCAGAAUGAGCUGAGUGAAGACUUAAGCCGUGUGGGGACAGAAAGAGCCUUGGUGCUAGACAGACUAGCUAAUAAUGUAGCGAAACGUAAAAGUUCUAUGCCACAGAAGUUUGUGGGUGAGAAGCGUCUUUCUGACCUGUCUUACGAUGGCGGAUCAGCUGGAUUCAAAGACAGCGAAAUGAUGCAGCCGCACGUCAUCGACCAGGCCAUCAACAGCGCCAUCAGCUACCUGGGGGCCGAGUCCCUGCGUCCCCUGGUGCAGCCAUCCCCGGCUUCCUCCGAGGUGGUGGUCAGCCCAAUUUACUCCUUGCACAAACCACCUGAGGCAUCGGGUACCAACGGAUUGUCAGCCAAGGACAGCGCCGCCGAGAACCUGCUUCUGCUAUCCAAGGCCAAGUCUGCGUCCAGUGAGAGGGACGCCUCUCCCAGCCACAGCGGCCAUGACUCCACCGACACUGAGAGUAACAAUGAGGAGCGGCCAGCAGGGGGCACCAGCCUCAUCUACUUGACCAACCACAUUGCUCCAGCUGCCCGCAAUGGCAGCCUGGUCAAGGAGGAGCAGCGUCACUUGGAGGUGCUGCGGGCAGCAGGCCUAGAGUCGCCAGCUGACGGGCUGAGGGUGCUGAGUAACGAGGGGGAGCCAGUGCGGGUUUACCGCUGUGAGCACUGCAGGGUGCUCUUCCUGGACCACGUCAUGUACACCAUCCACAUGGGCUGCCACGGCUUCCGCGACCCGUUUGAGUGCAACCUGUGCGGCUAUCGCAGCCAGGACCGCUACGAGUUCUCCUCUCACAUGACCCGAGGAGAGCACCGAUACUAAGCAGGUACAGAUGUACACACACAUACAGAGCCACAAAGGUACACUGUGCAGAUUGAGGCAUAAGGACACACACAGGUGCAUAUACAUAUACACACCAAGGCACGAGCACACACACCCAUGCUCACCAAAACAGUUUGAGCCCAUUAUUUUCAUCAAUUUAAUUUACAGUAUAAACGUAAGAUUACGGGAAAACUGAUCAUUUAUACAGGAAUUCAGUCUGACCAUUAAAUGGAAGUACUAUUGACAUAUAAAGGAAUCUAGGUUACUGGAAAUCUUAUAGAUGAACGCAAACAUCACAAUUAGCAGAUUCAUGGAAAGGAAUUGGUUGUUAUAUGCAAAUAUUUCCUACAAGGCAAAUGUGCGGUUAAAAUAAGUUAUUCAAAGUUAAGUCUCAACAAAGCAUAUGAUUUAUAUGAAGUUAAAUGUGAAGUAAUGUUAAACUCAUAAAUAAAUAUUUUUAUAUACUUUUAUGAAAUGCACCUUAACAUUGUGUUUUUUUUGGCUCAAUUAAAUGUAUUUCUUUUUUUAUAUUAUAAAGAUAGAAGUACAGCUCUUAUAUUCCUCCAGUUACAGGCAGUCUUGACCUGAAUGUGUUAUGUGUUGUAAACAAAAUGAAAUGCUUGUUUUACUUGUUCCAUAGUCUUCUGUAGUCCCAUGGCCUUGAACUGCAUGUACAUAUGGUGUAAAUUAUAUAUCUGCAGAACAUACACCUGACGUGGUGGCACACAUUUACGUGAAAAUAUGUACAUUUAGGGUUGUUUUAAUACCACUGCUUAAAAAGAGUCUCAUUUUUUAAUACUGAUUUUUUUAUUCGUGCUUUUGGAUUGCUUCUUUUAUUUUAAAAAAUGUUUGGAUUUCAUUUUGGUUUAGAGUAGCGUGCUUUUCUCGGACAAUUAUUUCCCAAUAUUAAAGCCUGACUUCUCCCUC